CAGUCGAGAUCGCAGAUAUCCUUUGUUUUUAAUCUUAUAUAGUGAUGCUUUUGUGUUUCAAGAGAUUCCUAUUUUAAUAGACUGGAUUAUUAUCUUAAGGAUGGUCCACAUUACGCAGAUGCUUCCAUUUUUUGGUACUUUGUGCCUACUAUUUCUAACCGGAAUUGCUUCUUCCACGAAUAAGACUUUAUCUGAAGAAGUACAAUGCAUAAAACCGAUAUCCUAUGAAAUGACUCUUUUUCCACAAAUACAAAAUAACUCUCUCAACGUUGAAUCUCGCGUCAAAAUAAACGUUACAUGUAUUCCACGAUGGAUAAGAUUAUAUUUUGGACGUUAUUGUAAUCAACCGGAAAUUUCUAUCAGUAGUGAUAUACAAAAUAGUUCUACUUCUUUGUUUUUAAAAAUAAAUUCGGUGAUAUUUUUUACGAAAGAUCGAUUUAACAGCUUGAACAUCACAAUUCUUUCUCUGAAUCGCGAGAAUAUUAGAAUAAACAACCGAAUAAAAUAUCUGCAACGUGGAAUAUAUUGGAUACAUGCGAAAUAUAAUUGCAGGUUAGCAAAAGUUGCAACAGUUUUAUCAUAUGUCCAACAAUCUGAAGAAACAGAAUAUUUGAUUUUGCCGCGUAUUCCCGCUGAAUGGAUAUUUCCUUGUUGGGAAAACCCAGCAAAUAAGGCCACAUUUAGUAUUAACAUUUACCACAACAUCGAUGAAAUAGCUCUUUCACAUAUGCCUGCACUUCCAAUAAAUUCUAGUCAUUACGAAACUAUAAUAACUAAAAAUCAAGUUUUCUUCAAUGAAGCUGACAUUACAUACGAUGAAGAACUAGAUUCACUUGCACAAAAAAAAAAGGUAACAUGUUUGGUAGCACGUAAUGUAAUACAAGAAAUGUUCAGUGCUUGGUUACUUACAUUGAAACACUCUGAUUCCUGGUUUAUGGAAGGUUUUUCAACAUAUUAUGGAGUGUAUAUUAUUGAUCAGAUUUUUGGUCAAUCUUUACUGAAGUCGCUAAUAAUCCAAACACGACGAGAAUUUCUUGAUUUUAUAGAAGCAUAUGUUACACAUGAUCUUCCAGUUAAAGAAAAUUCACCGUUCAUAUCUCCAAGCUCGAUUUUUAUCGAAUUGUGGCGAAAGAGUGCACUUAGUAUAUUUUACAUGGUCACAGACAAACAUGUUCUAUACAACUCCAUGUUUAGAGACGCCAUAAACUUAUAUCAUAACACUUUAUCACGUGAUACUUAUACUACACAAUUAAAUUUUGAUAUUUUAUGGAGCAAACUACUAUCUGAGAUGCCUACGCAAAAAAAUACGUCUUUCCUAACAACUUUAACGACUGUGAUACCUUCUUGGACACACGUUGGUUAUCCUCUAGUACAAGUAAACCGACACAACAAUACACGGAUUCUUGAAAUAUUGAUUAGAGACUGUUUUCUAAGUAAUAUAGAAAAAUCUUGUGUAAGCACGUGGUGGGUACCUGUGACCUAUAUAACAAUACCACAGUCUAAUAUCAAAUAUCAAUUGUACUUACAACCAGACGGAAACAAUAUUAUAGUUCCGAAUAUUAAAGAAGAUGAUUCUAUCAUUUUUAUAGAUGUACCUGGAUAUCGCGUCAACUACGAUCGUAAAUCUUGGAAGAAUAUUGCUAUCUUCUUGAAAACUACACCAUUUAAUAUGUUGAAUUUAUCUGACGUCACAUUAGCUCAAAUUUUCGACGAUGCUUUUUAUUUUUUAGUACAAAAUACAGAUUAUAAUGAAAAUUCUGUUUCAAAUACUUAUGAAAAUCUAGACAUAUUUUUUGAUAUUGCAUACAGUGUAUUCCACGUGACCAGAUUCUACAUAGCUUGGUAUCCUAUAUUUACUGCGUUUGAAUACUUCUCAAAAAUGUUCCCGUUUCCAGAAAGUGCAUACAUCAAGUUUAAAAUUCUGUAUGUAGUGAACAAGUUUCUUGAGGAUUCGUCGCAUACACCUUCUUCCGAAAAUAAUGUCACUAAUCAGUUAUAUUACGAAGUUUUAAAAUGGGCAUGUAUUCUCGAUAGCAUAAAAUGCAAAGAUAUUGUCAUGGCUGAAUUAACGUGGCAUAUACACAAUCCUGCACAAAACAGAUUUUUGCNAAGUUGGCAGAAAUGGAUAUUUUGCCAGAGUUUAAUGGUUGAAAAUUCCACGUAUGAAAACUCUUCUACAUGGUAUACAUUAAAAACCAUGUAUGAAACGCAGUCAAAAGAAGAAGAAAUGUUUAAAUUUUUACCUUGUUCUCGACUUCGCAGCAAUAUUUUCUUAUCUUUCAAAUCCUUUGCUACUNCUUUUCUACCAUCUUCUGAACGUAGUGUAGAUUUAAANAAAAGUGAUAGAGUUUCUUUUNUUUUUACUAUUUAUGCGAAGCAUUCAAAAACUCUUGCNUCGCUGACGUCUAUACUAGAAGAAAUACGUUACAUAGAAAGCGACAUUAACAUAGGUGCACUAAUGAACUGUAUUAUUAACAACAUAUAUUCAGACGAAGGCCUGUCGAUGGUUACCGAUGAAAAGUUCUUACAAAUGCUGAGAGACAGACAUCGUGCGCCAUCUUAUGUUAUUGUCGCCGUGAAAAAAAAAGUUGAUGAUCGUCGUGCUUUACUAGUUAAAGUAAAAAAUAACUUGUUUUUAAGCGAUAAAAUGCAUUUAUUUACAGAGAUUUAAUGUUAGACUUGUAUACUCGUUUUAUUUAUCUUCAAGGAACAAAUGCUACCAAUUACUUCUAUUUCUCACUAGUUUUUUUAAUUGUGUUUAAUAAGAAAAGUUUUCUUUUAUGACAACAAAAAAUAUUUAUUACUCAUAUUUAAAAUCGGUAAUGCAGGUUACGGAUUUUAAUAUAGUUAAUAAUUCGCGCCAGUUGUCUACAUAAGAAAAUUAGAUCUGUAUUAAAAGUAAAUAAUUUAUAAUAGUUUAUUUGAUUAAAGUAUUGUUGUAAAGUUAAGUAUUCAUUAAGCAUCUUGCACAAAAAAUAAAUUUAUAUAUUAAGUACAUAG